UUCUACCGUUGAGGUUGGGUUUGCUAAAAGCUUUGCUACCUAGUCAUUGGGUGCCAAACUUGGUGUUUGGAGUGGCUAUCAUUAUUAUUGUUACGAAGUACAAAAUGCCUUGCUCACCAAAUCACAUUUUCACAGGGAUAACUCGGCAUGGCAGACGCUACGAAAGACACCUAACUGAUUUAAGCAAACAUGAAAAAGUCCCACUUUGUAGUCUGCAUUUCUUCUUGUCAUUUUAGUGUUACUUAAAUUAAUUAUAGCGGGGGUACGUAGUAGUCUCACAAGUACAAUAAUACUACAUAAAAAGUAAACAACGGCGGCCGGUCGGUGGCGGCGCGUUCCGAUCCAAAUAUCGCGAAACUUGUAGGCGUACUCGCAGCUACCACCUCAACCAAUGGGAAUGCAUCUUACUGAACGUUUCCGUAGCGGGAACAAAAUAAGUUGUUUUCAAGAAAGGCCAUCUUGGACGUGGCUAUGGCGGAGGCGCCGUGCAAAGAGAGACCCGCAGAAGUUGCACACAAGCCGGACGCGGAGGCUGGGGAGGGAAGCAGCACGAGCUCCGUGUCUUACGAGCUGCCCUGGGUGGAAAAGUAUAGGCCGGUGAAGCUGAACGAGAUCGUAGGCAACGAGGACACGGUAAGCCGUCUGGAGGUGUUCGCCCGGGAGGGAAAUGUCCCCAACAUCAUCAUCGCAGGUCCCCCCGGAACUGGAAAGACAACCAGCAUCCUGUGUUUAUCCCGAGCGCUGCUUGGCGCCUCCAUGAAGGAUGCUGUGCUGGAGCUCAAUGCCUCAAAUGAAAGGGGCAUCGACGUGGUGAGGAACAAGAUUAAAAUGUUCGCCCAGCAGAAGGUGACGCUACCUAAAGCACGACACAAGAUUAUCAUCCUGGAUGAAGCUGACAGUAUGACAGACGGCGCUCAGCAGGCGUUGAGGAGGAUCAUGGAGAUCUACUCUAAGACAACACGUUUCGCCCUGGCCUGCAACGCCUCUAACAAGAUCAUCGAACCUAUCCAGUCACGCUGUGCCAUUCUACGCUACUCCAAACUGACCGACGGCCAGAUCCUGGCGCGGCUGCAAGACGUUGUAGCGAAGGAGCGACUAUCCGUCUGUGACGACGGCCUGGAGGCGAUCAUCUUUACUGCGCAGGGGGACAUGCGGCAGGCGCUGAACAAUUUGCAGUCCACCCACUCGGGCUUCGGCUACAUCAACAGUGAGAACGUUUUCAAAGUGUGCGACGAGCCGCACCCACUGCUCGUGAAAGGCAUGCUGGGGCACUGCGUGGAUGGAAAUGUGGACGAGGCGUACAAGGUGGUGGAGCAGCUGUGGGCGCUUGGCUACUCGCCGGAAGACAUCAUAGGCAACAUCUUCAGAGUGUGCAAGACCUACCAGAUGGCUGAGUACCUCAAACUGGAGUUCAUUAAGGAGAUUGGGUUCACACACAUGCGUAUUAUUGAGGGCGUCAACUCACUGCUGCAGCUGGCGGGACUGGUGGCUCGUCUUUGCAGUAAGACGGCGCCCCCUGCUGCCAGCUAGCGGAGCUGAGGACAACAAGCAGACCACCUGUAAUCCAAUCAUUUGAGUUUCGUACAGUGUAUAUUGUUUUGUAGCUUUCAAGAAAUAAAACUCACCUUCUACGCCAAUAA